CCGGGAAAAUUAAAUAAAUUUAUGUUUUGGCAAUUAUAUGGGUUAUUGGCAUUGAUUCAAUGUUUUUUUUUGCUUUUAUCUUAUGAUUUAUGUUUAAGCAUCAAUCAAAAACCUUAAAUAUGUAAAAAAUAUAGUUAAAUGAUAUGUCAUAUAUUUUCGCGAUGGGUCUGUUUAGGUGAAUUUUCAAUUAGCAAGAAUUCUUGAAUUCACUGAAGCAGGUAAAAUGGUGUUACAUAAGUUACAGCAUGUGGGGCGUAGAAUGUUUUCCAAGUAUUUGUUAGUUACAAAUACAGCUACAGCAUCUAGUUUACUUGCACUGGGAGAUUGUAUUAUACAACAUAUUGAGAAGAUGGACAACAAAGAAAAAUCAUACAACUUUCAAAGGACAGGUAGAAUGUUCACAAUGGGAUUCCUGUUUGGACCAGUGUCACAUGUAUGGUAUAAGAUAUUAGAUAGGUAUCUCCCUGGUGCUGGUUUACGUACUGUAGCCUGUAAAAUACUUGCUGAUCAAACUGUGGCAGGACCAUUCUUCUGUUCAGCUUUCUUUAUGGGUAUGUCACUUUUAGAAGGAAAGUCUAGACAAGAAGGUAUGGAAGAAGUCAAAGCCAAGUUCUGGACAGUUUAUAUGCUUGACUGGUGUUUAUGGCCUCCUGCACAAUUCAUUAAUUUUUUCUUCCUGCCACCAAAUCUGAGAGUUGUUUAUGUUUCUGGGAUAACACUUGUUUGGAACACUAUAUUAUCAUGGAUGAAACAUAAGGAGCAACAUGUGGAGACUGAAGUGAAACAGAGCUAGAAGUAAAUUAAAGGAUAAUCAAAUAUUUAUACCCCUGUCUUUCAUAAUACAGUCCAAUUUUGUUUGCCCCAAACCAUUCCCUUAUAUUUAUUUUUGUUAGAUUUCUGGUUAUACUGACAUACCUAAAGGUCAUAUUGUAAUUUCUGCUUUGCAAAUACCAGCCAAUACCAAAGUACAUUAGGUGCCCUACUGUGCUACAUGUAUUUCAGGCACAAGACUAUAUUUGAGUAGACAAGCAGACACUUUGUUAGUUAACUGGGUAGCUUGCUUUUCCAAAUGAGUUUUUUUAUCCCUGUUUGAUAAUACAUGCAUUAAGAUAAAUCUGAGUAUCAAAAUGCUAUGUUAUGGCUCUAAAAAUGUUUUAACUUAAUGUAAUUGAUAUUUUUUAUUCAAAUUAAAUGUUGCAGAAAUAAUGCAUAAAGAGGUUUCAGUUAUCUAAUUUCACUAGUUCAAUAUGCCCUUAGUACACUAUAGUAUUAUUGUGACUUAGAACCCAAUCUUAAAGGGACUCCACUGAGGUUUUUUUGACAUGAUGGGACUGGAAAUAAUUUUUCAAGACUAAUGUUUCAUUUGAUGUAGGUCUAGGUGCAAAAUUGCAGAUCAAUUGCCCAAAUAUUCUUAUUUGAAAAAUUACUCGAAUCCACCAAAUCGGGCUAAGAAUAGCACAUAAAUACAAUUUUCAAUUUUUUUCCUGGUAUAUUUUGAAUUAUCUUUUGCACAUCUCCCUGUUUUAUAGGCCUUAUUUGAUUUAUGUCUGAAUUUCAAAAUUUAUGUUUUUUUUAGGGAUUGGAUCUCAGUGGAGUUCCUUUAAUUACAUUUCCCCUCUCACCUCCAGUUGAAAUUUAUUGAUUAGUCCCAACAAUGGGUAAAAGUAAAAAUUACAGGCUUAGCUAACCAGUUGAAAUAAGUAAGAUACAUGUCGUUUUAUUAUUUUUCAUUUUGACUGUUGUACAAGCAGUUUACCACGACCUCUAAUUACAAUGUAAUUAAAGUCCGCAAUUUUAGAAACUGACUGAUUUCCUAAAGAUUAAAGUGUGUAAUUUGUUAAUGCUGAAAUAUAAAGAAUCUUAGCCUUACCAAUAUGAUGUGUUCAUGAAAGCUACAUACUAGAUCUCUCCAUGUUUUAGUACUGUCAUAAUUUGGUAAAAACUCCUUAAACUGGAAUGCUUGACCAUCAUAAAUUACAUUUUUAGAGAGGAUUCCGGAUUGCAGAGUUUUACUCUUUUGGCAAUGAAAAU